UUCCCCACCCGGGUGACAGCCAGCAGCGAACCUCUUCCCCUGGCAAACCAACUCACAUCGGGCCUCACUCUCGUCCUUCCUCGAUCACUUGCCUCUUGCCAUGAUGGCCCACGGCUCAGGCGUGCCGCAGCCACCCGCCGGGACCCUGUCGCCUCCUGACUCCUCGUCAUCUGCAUCUCAGUCGCCGAUUUCCCCGACGCAUGGAGGCCGGAUUCCUCUGGCAGUCGCCGACCAGCCCGCCGCGGGCCUACCAAACACCAGCAGGAGCCCGGAAGACCCAGCCAACAAGCCGGCCGACGUCAAGGACGACAGCGAUGGCCGCUCGCGUGAAUCUGCCGUGCCAGCGGCGUGCUUGGCUUGCCGGAGCAAACAUCUCAAGUGCGAUGGCCAGACGCCGUGCUCUCGCUGCGUCGGCUCCAACUUCGAGUGCAUCUACGUAGCCUCUCGACGCGGCUACAAGGGCCCUCGCCGGGGCACCGCGCAGAACCCAAACAAACGCCAUGCCACGUCUCCUCCGGACACAGACUCCAUCAGCCUGGCCCCCUCGGACUGCCCCAUGCUGCUGGGCGCCGGCGCCUCCAGCGGCAUGUCGGUGCCCGUGCCCGUGCCGAUGCCGAUGCCGAUGCCGUCAACGCCCAUGACCAUCCACAACUUCAGCCCUACCGGCCUGCUGCCCGAGACUUCUCCGGCAACGCCCUUCCAGACCACCCCUGGCGUCUCACAGGCUCAGCUGUACCGGUCGUAUUGCAGCAUCAACGGCAUCGAGCCCGGCAGCCUGGUGACGGGUACCCACCUCCCCUUCUCCGCCCACUUUCCCAUGCAGACCCUCCAGGAGCGCUGCAUUGACUCCUUCUACCGCUACUUCCACGGCUCACACCCCUUUGUGCUCCCCAAGGAGCAUCUGCUUCGCUUUGCAAGCGAGAACCCCAUCGACCCACUCAUGGCCGUCAUCCGAUGGGUUGGCUCGCUCUUCAUCGAUGUCGGCAAGUCGCGCCCGAGCCUGUACGAUGACGCCAUGCGCCUUCUGGACGACCCAACCCAGCCGCAGGACGGCUUCAAGGUCCAGGCCAUGAUGCUGGCCAUUGUUGCGCUGGAUGGCUCUUGUCAGAACGACAAAGCCGCCGAGCUGCUGGGCCGGACCGAGACGCUGGCUCUUCAGAUUGGCCUCAACAAGUCGCAUUUUGCCUCUCUCAACGGACGGGGAAACCCGUGGUUGGAGGAGAGUUGGCGGCGAACAUGGUGGGAUCUCUUCAUCAUCGACGGCAUGAUUGCCGGCGUCCACCGAAUGACCAAUUUUAUGCUUUACGAUGUGCCCGCCGACGUCAGGCUGCCCUGUGAGGAGCAUCAGUAUUUGUCUGGUCAAAUACCCCCGCCCAUGACCUUGGAAGAGUUGGAGGACCGAGACUUUUCUGGAGACGAGCGCCGAUUCUCCUCCUUUGCGUAUCGCAUUCUGUGUGGCCGCAACCUGGGCAGGUUCAUGAGAACCCCCCCGAUAUACGGGCCAGAGGAUGAAAACCUCGGGCGGAUUGAGAACCUACUCACCAACUGGCGGCUCCACCUGCCAGAGGACAAGAAGGACUCGCUACAGGCCAACGGUCAGCUAGACGAAAUGAUGUUCCAGGCGCACAUGAUGAUGUAUGCCACGUCCAUCCUCCUUCACCAGCCCCAUUCGCAGCUCGACUCGUCGCCCGCUCAGAAAGUCACCUCGUGUGCGCCCUACCAGCUGGUUCCGGCCGGUGACCUCUUCAACAAGCACACAAAGCACACCAUCGCCUCGGCCAACGGAAUCAGCAAGCUGAUUACACACCGGGUCCCCUUGCUCUCCCACACCCACUUCUUCACCUGUGUCAUCACCCUCUCCUCCAUUGUGCAUCUCAACAAGUGGGCCCUCUUCUUCAUCCAACACGACGACGACGACUUGAGACAGCAGAUCCGGCUCAACAUUGGCGCCCUGAAUGAGCUGUCCAACGUCUGGGGUGCCGCAGACAGGGCGCGGGGUCAGGUCAAGGGGGUGGCUCAAGAAAUCUAUCACAUCAAGAAGGAGCAGCAAAAGAACCCGCAGUACUGGCUCGGCUUUACCCAGGAGGAUGUCAUCAACAGCAUGGCUGCCGACGAGUCCAUCAUUGCCAACUUUGACAGCAUGUCGCCGUCCCAAUUGAUGGGGUGAAGGGGCCUUUUCAAGCCAAAUGAGCAUCUGUAA